AUGACUGGGAAAAUAAAAAAUCAUACACCUUACAAUCCCAACAUGACUAUUACCUCUAACAACACUAUCUAUAGUAAUACCCUACUAAUUACACCAAAUGGUAAACGGAGAGGACGUAAACCAGGUUUAAACAGUACAGUUGCGCAAAGAAGUGCAGCGAACGCUAGAGAAAGAUCUAGAAUGCGUGUCUUAUCUGGUGCAUUUGUUGAACUGAAAGGCGCACUCCCAUGGGUUCCCAAAGAUACAAAACUUUCCAAGUUAGAUACUUUAAAACUAGCUGCUGGUUAUAUCGCCUAUUUAAGGCGUAUAUUAGACACAUCGGAAACACAUACAAUAAUAGCACGACCAUCCAUUGAGAUAACAGAAGAAUCAAGAUUAGUAAGAACAGCUACAUCGUUAAAACUAUCGACUAGUCAAUCGGAUUUUGAAUUAAAUUCAAAUUUACACAGUAAUACAUUACCGGAUACAAUAAAGUUAUUCAACCUUUUUACGAAUAACAGUGGUCUGAAGAAACACUAUGAUGAAAACUAUUCAAAAUAUACUUAUAAACAUGAAAAACGGAGAGAGAAAGAAGAAGAGGAGGAGGAGGAGGAUUAUCUACCCCUUCUUGAUCACAAUCAACAGCAUCAAAAUCCUCUAAAUCAAAAUAAUAAUCAGCAGUAUUCUCAGUCAGAUCGAUGUAUAAAUAAUCAUUAUAAUCAUCAGCAUCAUAUUCCUUAUGUACCAGAUCAUCAGUACGAUCAGACUCCACUUCAACAUCAGAAUCAUCAUUUACAUACUGUAAAUUCCGUCACCUGUCGUAAAUUCAACUUAUUAUCAACCUCAACAUCGUCAUCACCAUCACCGACUACCAUACAGCCCACCACAGAUAGCGAAUUUCCCAUCAGUCAAUCGAUUAAUGAAGCUGUCGACAAUAAUAAUAAUUCUAUCUAUUGUAUGGGAUAUAUGAAUGAUAGUUCUUCAACUAUGAAAAAUAGCCCGUCUUUUAUCUAUUCUGAAUUAUACCCCAAUCAACAUGAAUUCAAAUCAUCAAUAUCCUCAUAUUUAGAUAAUAUUUAUGUAAGUUUUACCAUACACUAUUUACAUUUUUCAUACUCUAUAAGAUAA